AUGGAACAGGCAAGUAUAAGUGUUUAUCGUAAUUGCACACAGGUGUCUUUACUGGAGUGUUUACAAGGUGGCGUGGUAUUUCAUGGCAACUUGGAAAAGAUAUCCCAUGUGCACUGCAAAGCUUAUGGUAAAGAUAAGCACGUAUGGUGGGAAGGGUCCUACGGUCACGACUCUUUGAAUCAAUGCUCUACCUCCUGUCAUAUGAGUGUUAGCGUAGGACUUGGUGCAUGCGGUGUUGCGUCGGUAUUCUUCGGUUCGAUGUUUGUUCCAAUUAGGAAGCACGACGCAGCAGACGGAAUGUUUGCACAAUGGGUGAUGUCGGUUGCAAUUCUUUUUGUUGGUUUUCUAAUCUUUUGUCUCCAAGGGUUUCCAGGCUUUUAUCCGUUGGCCAUGGUCGGCGGUGUAUUUUGGACCAUC